AAAGCUGCAGGGUAUUAUCGUCAUUAAGCGGAGAAAUAUGUAAAAGGCAAAAGGGUCUUCGUGUCAAAAGGUCAUUUAUAUAAAAGGCCAUCUUCGAAAACCCAAGCCGGCCGAACAGCACCUUCACUUUUCAUUUGCAAUUAGGAGAUGGCAAAGUCGAAGAACCACACAGCUCAUAACCAAUCCUACAAGGCCCACAAAAAUGGCAUCAAGAAACCUAAGAGGCAUCGCCACAGUUCCACCAAAGGGAUGGAUCCCAAGUUUCUGAGGAACCAGAGGUACGCGAGGAAGCACAACAAGAAGAGUGGUGAAACAGCCACAGAAGAGUAGUGAAGGGGCAUUUUCAAACGGAACUGUUAGGGUUUUUUUAAGCUUUUUUUUAAUGGUGACAUUUUUUUCAACUUAAUCUGCAGUAUUAUAAUUAAUUCCUUCACAGAGAAUGCAAUACUGUUAGACCAUUUUUCGUGGUUUCUGUUA